CGGUGAGCGGCGUCAGAGCUUGGAGGGGGGGCUGACGUCUUCUGGCGGGUGGCGGUGUUGGAGACGCGAGCUUGCUUAGCCGGUAUUGCUUCUGUCUCAGGAGCCCGACAGAGAGUGAGGGAACGAGAGUCGCUUUCGGUGGCUGUUGCCUUCCACGUACGCGUCGUCGUGAGGAGCGCAGCCCGGACUCUCCUGCAGCCCCUCCGGCUCCCUUUCCGCACGCCUCGAGGCAGCGGCGGCAACCGAGACAGCGUCUCACCUUCCCCCACCCCUUCCCCUUGUCCCCCCCGCCCGAAAGGGCCCGGUCUGCGCCCCACCCCCGCCCGUCCGCCCGCCCGCUACGCCGCCGCCAUGUCGGCGCAGGCCCAGAUGCGCGCGAUGCUGGACCAGUUGAUGGGCACCUCCCGGGACGGGCCCUGGUGGUGGCAACCGCCUGUGUGCCACUGAAAAUCGUGCCGAUGCCUGGCAUACUGCAUAAAUGGAAGCAGGGUACCGCGUGAGUUGAAACAUUGGUCACACUACAUAAAGUUUGUAUAUGUGAAUCAGUGUAACUCAUACCCAUGUAACUGGGGGUCUGACUGUAUUUGGAUUUUUCUGAUAAGGCAUCAUGGGCUAAGGAAAAGAGCACUGGGCUGAGACUCAGGAGACCUGGUUUCUAGCCCCAGCUGUACCUCUAAUUGUAACCUUGGUUGGGAACCAUGUGCAAUGAUGUUUGACCUCUGUGAUUCAACAUGAAAAGAAUUUAACCAGCUGCCCUUGCUGAAUCUUUUGUCAUGUCUCCUGAGUGCAUGUGGUCAGCCUUUCUUCAGGAUUUCACCAACCUGUUCCACAGUGGGAUUGUGAAGAGAUGCUGGCUGUGGGAAAAGCUGCUUAUCAAAGAAAGCCCCUGGACUAGAAACUGGGGGAAAGUGCUGUGAUUCUACAUUAUGGACAAGGAACCACCAGGGCGUGCUUACUAGGAAAACAGUUGAUUCACCUCAGAUUUUAGAAACCAUGUAUUUGUAUUUUGAGAAAUUCUGGUAUGAAAAUAAAUGAUUUAAUUUGCCUCAUAGUAUUAGAGGGAAUACUUUCCCAGACAUGGUGUUCUGAUACUGGCUGAUGUGUUUUCGGGUGUAGUAAUUGUCUGUGGGACUAGAACCUGACUAUCUUUAGGUUGCUGAGUUGCUUCAGUUUCUUUCUUGCUUGCUUUUUAAUAGAGAUGAUGGACAUAUUUGCUUCUGUUGUUGUUUGACUGUGAUAAAGUAGUGACGUAGGACUCUAAUCCUAGAGGGACUGAAAGUCUAGUAGGGAGUGAAGAUUUACAUAUGAACCGUUAAGUUUAUUUUUAAGUGAUAAAUUCUGUGAUACUGAUUGCAUAUAGGUGUCUAAUUUUGAAAAGUGUUUAAAAAUAUAUAAAAGACUACCUAACACCUAUAGGAAUGAACAAAUGUUAUUUUGUAUGUUUCCCUCAGAUUUAAAAAAAAAAAGUGUUACAAAUGAAGUCCCUUAUGUUCUCCUUCACAGUUUCAGUCCUUUCCCCCAAAGGCAAUUCUUGUGAAUAUGUCACGGUUUUCCUGCUGUUGUUUCAGUAGUUCUAAGGCUCAGUCUCCUUCAUGGUAAUCUCCGUUUUUCAUUUUAACUUCCUUUAUCAUUGAGUUGUUGUCACCUCUGUCCUUUGAUAUUCUCAUUUCUUUUCCCUUUUUAUUUCUUUUCUUUGUUGGUUUUAGAUUUGGGGAGGCUCUGCUUAGCUUUUAUAGCAAUCACCAACCAUUCAGAACUUGUCACUUUAAUAGACAAAUCAGCCAAUUACUUUUUCUUUGGUUCUUUUCAGCUAUUACUUCAUAGCCAAAGAUAGCUUUCAUUACUUCUAAUUUUGUGUAUAAAAAGUUAUGGAUGAUAAAAGGCACCAGAUAUCCAGAGUAUAGAUGUUAUUGUAUCAGAAUUGCAACUAAGUAUCAAAAUAUGAAAUUUAGCAGGUUGCAACUUUUUUAUGGGUGACUUCCCUUGAUGACAUAUACCAUAAAACAAAUUGUAUAUAAUCCACUUUUAGGAGUAAAUUUGUGGGUAACUAUUUAUUCAGGCUUUUCUAAUGUGUGUCUUAAAUCUAAGGGGAGGAAUAUGUUGAUUUCCUAAAGCAUGUAUCCCCCUGGCAGAAAUGUGAUGGCAUUGGCCCCUGUCAGUGGCCAAGAUUCUAUGCUUGUAUAAUAAGAGAAGAUAGGGUUGUGGCAAGGGGUGGAAUAGAGCCCUUGAAAUGUAGCUACUUUAGUAUUUCUUUUUGCACAUUUCCUUCACCAUUCUGCUAGCUCUUAAAGACCCUGAGUAAGCUUUUCCUCCUACUACCAAGGCUGUUUCCUAGUUUCAUUCCUUAUAAUUUUUAUAUGGAUUUUCAUAGGCAAGUACGCUGAUUUAAAAAAUUAUUUUAGCGUUAUUAAUCUUGGAUCAUAUUGAGCAAGAAUGAACUUGUUUUGGAAAUUUCUUCUACAGUGGGCAUUGCAUUUUUAAAAUGUCAGGCUUGUCAUGGGGAUUAUGGUAGGGGUGAUAUUAGUACCUAUUUGUAAUGAUAAACCUAUAGGACCAUAUGAAAGAAUUAAGAGGGAUAGCCUUUCAGUACCCUUAUUUUUGCAUUUUCUGGGGGAAAGGAAAGCCUCUACUACUACUUAGUAUGAUUUUAUAAGUUUUGUUAGAAAGAAGUUACUUGAUAUUACAUUUGGAAGGGAGAAUGCCUUAAUUAGUCUUUCCUGCUGCCCAUCUUUGGCUGAGUAUUUUUUCUUUCCUUUCCUUAUGUAAUAAAUACAUUCCUGACAAGUUUGGCAUGUAUCGAGUCUUAUUAAAUGUUUUCAAAGCGUCAGUAAUAUUAAAACAUGGUAGUGCAUCUUUUCAUAAAAUGAACCGUAUACUUUGUACUAUAUAAAUAUACAAUGGAUUAAACGGAGUGUAUUUAUUAACAAGGUAACAUGGAGUAAUAGGAGCUUUUUCUUUUAAGGUUAUUAUAAAAGGGUUCUUAUAGGUGAGCUUUAGGCUAAAUUCUAAAGGAACAACAAAGGUAGGUGGAAGAAGUUAGUGGACUCGGUGAGACUAUUGGAGGAGGGUGUAAAAAUGACCAAAUUUGUUCUUUACUAUAAUAGUUAUGGUGUAGCACUAGCUUUUAUCUUGGUUCCAUGUGAAGACAUAAGGGUUUACUUGUCCAUAUGAAGAUGUGUUUACUAGUACAGGACAAGUCUCUUCCUGCUCUGUACUAGACUAGAAAUUGGUCUUUAUAUAGUUCCCACAUUAUUAUGUGGAUUCUUAGCUUAUUUUGUAAGAAAAGGUAAGAAGAAGGUGGAAUAUUUGAAGACUUGAGGGCACAGGGAAAUGAGAAACUUUAAGCUUAUGUACCUCUCUUUCUAGCUCUGGCUUUCCUUUCACUAGAAGGGUAUGGAAUUUAUUUCAGAGGGAAUGUGCCUACCCUGUCCCAAGCCAACAGUGACACGUGGCCCCUAAGAAGUAUACCUGUGGGGAGGGCUUUGAUUGUCCCACUGGAGAAUGUGGGAGAGCUUUUCCUCUCCUGGCCCCAUUUAUAAACUAGGAUGCUUCCAUUCGUUUUGUGUGCUGUUGAGUUUUCUCCUCUCUGUUUUCUCUAAGCUAAGCUCUUAGCUAAUUCUGUACAAAAGAAAUACUAAUUAGUUGUUUUUAUAAAUUGCUUGCCAUUAAUGCCUGAUAAAAUGCAGUAAAAUAAGGAUUCUGCAUACCAUUAUAUAUGUCAAAUAUUACAAACUUUAAGGUUCUUUUGAAAUUACAAUACUAAACUCAGUUCACUUUUGCUUAGCCUUCACAGUUGUUGAUCACAUAGCAUGGUCAUCCACUCACAGCUUAAAAAAAUACAGGGAGCAUCGGAGAGAAUGGGUAAAGUAAAAUUUUGAUGUUUUUAAAAUAGCACCUAAAUCUAUGAAAGUUGAUUUGAUUUAUUGUUUGUAUGGGAGGGAGAGGGUGGUUGGCACUGGAAGGGAGGGGGUGGAUAUUGGGAAAAUAGCAUGCACCAUGUAAAAUGAUGUCAGAUACCGUCUAGGCUAAGAUUUUUAAGUGUUACUACUAUAGUUUAAGUCUGUUUCAGAAAAGGCAGGACCAUAAAAUGGCAGUGUUGGGAUUUACAGUGGGCUUAUCUUCCCUCCCUACAGAUUGAAGGGGGUUUUGAGAAUAGCAAUAUUUGAGUAGUUUGGACAGAAGCCUUCUUUUUAGAGUGACCUGUCCAUAUUCCCUGAGUGAAACUGCCUCAGUAGCACCUGAGGUUCUGUUAACAUUACUGAAAGACCUUGAGAGGAAUAAUAUGUAUUCCAGCUUUUAUUGUACACCUGUGACUCAGGUGUUCCCAAAUAUAGGUUAUAAUUCAUGAAACUCAUGAAGGGGUUGAACAGAGAGAGGUUAAGAGAGUUGUUACUCUGAAGUUAGUUGCUUGGUAGAAAAAACAUUAAUAGAAAUUUUGAUACUUCCAUUCAGAUGAAGAACACCUUUUCUUUCCAAGUUCAAAAUCAAGUUUUUAAUCUCAAACCUUGUCAUUAUAGUUAUGUACAAAACCUAAUUAAUUAGUAUUAUAGAGGUUAUAGAGAAGAGAGCCUGCCAUGUUUUUAUGUGUAGGGCAUUUUGUUGUGAACUCAGCUUGGUCUAAUCUCUGCCCCAUUAUUUUUAAACUUUUUUUCUUUGUUUACACAUUUAAAAUCUGGGUGAAGAAAAAACUAAAUCAAAUUUUACCCUAAAAAUAUUAUUCUUGCCCCAACUUUGCUAUUUCGCUACAUGAAGCCAUUUGCCAAAGUCAGAUGUGCUUUACUUACUGUUUCCCAAACCUUCCUGCCUCUGUAAGCUUUGUCAAAGGUAUUAUGCCAGUUUGGAAUGCUCUUCUUUCACCUUUCCUUUGGUCUGAGUCCUAUCUUUCCUUCAAAUAAUGGCUUCUACUUAUCACAGGAAGCCUUCUCUAACCUCUUCAGUCCUUGGUGGUCAUUCUAGUCUUAGAAUUCCUGAACUACUACUAUUUGGUAGUAUUUCAUCCAUUACAAACAUUCAUUUGGCACUUGGAUCAUGCUUCCUUUUGUUAUGACUUGUUACUGCAUUUAAAUGUCCUGUUUCUCUAGGAAAACGAUGGGCUCCUUGAGGGUAGAGAGCUUGUCUUAAAUGCCUCUUUGUAAUCCUAUUGCCUAGCACAGAGGAUAUGUUCAGUAAUCGGCUUGAUUCUAUGAUUUGGAUCCAAUGUUAGUGUAACAGACCAAUUUUUUUUUUAACUUAGGUUAUUUUUAUAAUGAAUAUAUAUCCAGAAAACCCAGAGAUAAAGUACAUUGAAUUAAUAAAGUAAUUCCUUGUAUUAUAAGGAGAUUUGGUUCAUAUUUAUUCCUUAUUAAUUACAGUUUCCCCCUCCCCCCUUUGUUUUUUAGUGGGUACUGUUUUACCUAGUUUCUUUGGAAAAACAUGGUUUGGGCCAGAUAUAUUGACAGAAACCAAAAAUACUAGUAUUUUUGUUUUAAAUUCUUUGUUGGUUUAGCCAGAUUAUACUUUCAUGGCAUAAGCCCAAAUAAAUGUAUUAAAUACUGCAUGGUAAUAUAACCAAAUUAUUUUAAAAUGUUAACCUUAAAGUCUCUCAAGUAAAAUUUUAAAAAUAUCAAUAAACAGACACUCAGUUGCUAGUCCCUCUCAGGGUAUUUCUGUAUCCCAAAUUAUUAGGAAUUUUAUUAUGUCAUUGUUAUAAAGAUUUCUGUACUGUACAGGCUGAUAUUUGAUAGCUGUAUUGUGUUUGCUGCAGUUAUCAAAUGUUUAUAGAGCAAUCAUUCAUGUGUAGUGAGGAGUUAUUUAAAAAUACUUUUUGGCAUUUAUAGAAACUGACACUUUUUUAAAGGUCAUCAGGGAUAAUUUUGUUUAAUUCAUAUUUAGAAUUGUUCACAUUUUGUCUGAUAGCAGUGUCUUCAGGGCACAUAUACCUUAAUAUUAGAUUUAUGUUGUGAUUUCUGACGAAGUCUUUGACUAGUAAAACUUCUAAGAAUCUUAAUUUUAUUUUAAGCUUAUAAUAGUCUUGAGCCAUUUAAUUUGACAAAGCUCUGAAACAAUACUGCUGUUGCAUUACUGAAAAGCUUAGAUACUUGUAGCAGGGAGACUUCUACAUAUGUAAGUUUUUUCUUCUUCAAAAAUUUAUAUUAAAUUUCUUAGCAUAUUUUGGGUACAGAUUUAAAAUAAUUUUUCUUACAUGUGAGAAAGCAAAAAGCCUCUAAUACAGCAUUGCCACUCUGGUGUGAGCUCAUCAGAGUACCAUUCUGACAUGAGCUUAAGGCCCUCACCAAAGUCUGGAUGAACUAUACUUUAUUAAAAAAACAUUUUUUAAAACCAUAGUUUGCCCAAGGACCACUUUAUAGAGUUCCAGCCUUGGGCUUUUAAAACUAUGAUCAAUCAUAUUCUUCUCUAGGGUUACACUUGUUAAGUCAGUGUUUAAAACAAAAAAACAAAACCCCUGAUUUUGUUCACUUUUGUUUUCAUAUACAAGAAUCUUUACAGUCAACAUGUACUUCUAGAUGCUGUAUUGAAAUUGCUGGCAGGGUCUAUUCUAUACAAACUGAACAAUCUGGCCCCUUGUUUUAUUUGUAAAGGUUCAAUGUAUCUAUGCCUGCCUACUUCAGUCUGCAAGGGAGUGUCAGAAAGGCCCCGCAUUCGCCGAGCCGAGAUACAACUCGUCAACGAAUCAAAUUCAGUGAUGACAGAGUAUGCAAGAGUCACCUUCUCAACUGUUGUCCCCAUGAUGUCCUGUCUGGAACUAGAAUGGAUCUUGGAGAAUGUCUGAAAGUCCAUGACCUGGCUUUAAGAGCAGAUUAUGAAAUUGCAUCCAAAGAACAAGAUUUUUUCUUUGAACUUGAUGCUAUGGAUCAUCUGCAGUCAUUCAUCGCAGAUUGUGAUCGAAGAACCGAAGUGGCUAAGAAAAGAUUAGCAGAAACUCAAGAAGAGAUAAGUGCUGAAGUUGCAGCAAAGGCAGAACGUGUUCAUGAGUUAAAUGAAGAAAUUGGUAAAUUGUUGGCUAAGGUGGAACAGCUAGGAGCUGAAGGGAAUGUGGAGGAAUCCCAGAAAGUAAUGGAUGAGGUAGAGAAAGCACGGGCAAAGAAAAGAGAAGCAGAGGAAGUUUAUCGGAAUUCUAUGCCAGCUUCCAGUUUCCAGCAGCAGAAACUUCGAGUCUGUGAAGUUUGCUCUGCCUAUUUAGGUCUUCAUGAUAAUGACAGACGACUGGCUGAUCAUUUUGGGGGUAAACUGCACCUGGGAUUUAUUGAAAUAAGAGAGAAGCUUGAAGAAUUAAAGAGAGUUGUAGCUGAGAAGCAGGAGAAAAGAAACCAGGAACGCCUGAAAAGAAGAGAAGAAAGGGAGAGAGAAGAAAGGGAGAAGCUGAGGAGGUCUCGAUCACAUAGCAAGAAUCCUAAAAGAUCCAGGUCCAGAGAGCAUCGCAGACAUAGGUCUCGCUCCAUGUCACGGGAACGGAAAAGGAGAACUCGAUCCAAAUCUCGGGAGAAACGCCAUCGCCACAGGUCCCGCUCCAGCAGCCGUAGUCGCAGCCGCAGCCACCAGAGAAGUGGGCACAGUUCUAGAGACAGGAGCAGAGAGCGAUCCAGGAGGAGAUCCUCAAAAGAAAGAUUCAGAGACCAAGACUUAGCAUCACGUGACAGAGACAGGAAUUCAAGAGACAGAUCACCUCGUGACAGAGAUCGAAAAGAUAAGAAGCGGUCCUAUGAGAGCGCUAAUGGCAGAUCAGAAGACAGGAGGAGCUCUGAAGAGCGCGAAGCAGGGGAGAUAUAAUUAGCUGUGUACAUAUCCUCAAUCCUUAAGCUUCCUCUGGAGUUACAUACUAUUGUUUAGUUUACAGCUGUUCGGGGUGACACAGUGAGCAGUUCCAGACACCGAUCCAGCUAGGCUAGGUGUACAGCAUCUAACUUGAUCUGAACUUGUUUUCUUUGAUGAAGCCUAAAACUACAUCCAUAGUUUCUGGUAAACUCGUAAUAUACUUCUGAAAGUACACUUUUAUAUAAUAAGACGCUGAUGUCUUUAUUCUUUCUGGUAGGAGUGAUAGUGAAUAAAUUGUGUUACUUGCCUUGGGAUUUUUUGAACAUUUGUAAAAUGCUGUCUUCCUUUCUCAUCCAAACAACAGCGACUUUGGGAAUUUCUUUUUAAUCCUUCUUCCUUUGACUCUGUAUCCCUUGAUACCUCUACCCUCUAAUUGUAAGAGAAAGGGGAGCAGGGAAGCAAUAUAACUUCUGUUCUAAGGUUCUAUUUCCCAUUAUUAAUUACUAGCUGAUUACAGUUCAGAACAUUUAUACUGGAAUGUGUGCUGGAGACAUUUAAAAUACUGGGAGUUUUGUUUGUCUAACGGUGCCUAUUUUAGAGUUGAAAGUUGAACAGCUGUUGCAUUACAUACUUUGCUUUUUUAUUGAAAUUUUGAAAUCAAACAUGUCGAUUUUUCUGUUCUAUUGAAUAGUUACGUUCAAGAUGUUUUGAGAUGGGGGGUGGGGGCAGGGACUCUUUCUUAAGCACUUGUUUUAUUUUGUGUGUGUGGAGUAUAAAAAGAUUACACCCUUAUUGUAAAAAAUAAUAAAAUGAAAGAAUCACCACCACCAUCAUUAAACUGUAACUUGUCUAGUAAAUUGUCACUAGAACUAUUUGCUGUGGCCAUUUCUAUUCUGUUAUUAAUAGUGCCUUACUGUGCAAGGCACCAAAGGAAAUAAAUAUAUACUUACAAAGAUUCAAGAUGAAUUGUUGCUCUACCUGGGCCCUUGCUGGCUAUAUUCUAGCUACUUCAGUACUUGUCUAACCGCUGUAGAGAAGAACCAGACCUGCAGAAGAAAUUGGGUUUAUUUGCUUUGUUUUUCUUCACAUUGAGCAAACUGAAAUAAAAACAUGGUGUAACCAGUGUAA